GUCUUCUCUUCGUUGUUUUGUUAUCUACAAAAGUCUGGUAGUAUGUUUUUUCUGAAGGUAAUAUCGUUGCUGGGACCAAAGUAAAAGUAUUUUUGUCUGGAAACUUAUUUUUGCAUGUUUGAGAUUAUUUGGUUCAGUAUUUUGCUGGUUGUAAGUGACAAUGCCUUCGUGUUUUAUUUCUUCUUCAUUUUAAAGGGUUUUAUUAUUGUUACUGUGAUUCUACUUGUUAUUUUCUUCCUUUCAGAAACAGCCUAAAUGGCCUUUCAAAUGAGACGACAAGAUGGUUGAAAUCGAUAACGCUGAUCAUACCAAAUUUGAGGUGGUUUCAGACCCUUCUGCUGUAAACAUCCACGAAACAAUCACAGGACCCCAUUCGGACCUAGAAAUGCGAAACAAAGUAGUUUGCUGCCUCCGUGAGCUGAUGCGUGUAGUUCAGUCAUCUUAUCAUGAAGAUGUCGUCGAACUAAAUUUUAUACAAAGUGGUUCUCUUCUUAUUGAAUUUUAUGAAUGGAGGCGGAAAAAAACACAAGAAUUAAUGCAGGCACUUUGCUCAGGUCAUCUUGAUCCAGAGGACCUUUCCUUGGUCAGUGAUUACAUAUCGGGUCAUGUCAAUAGUGAUGCUAUUUUCCCACCGAAUGGGGCUUUUCCUCCUUGUUUGGGUUCCCAACCAGUUUCUUUGGAUAAUGACUCAGAGGAUGACGAAGACGAACGUCGGUUAGACGAGAAUUCCCUACUGAAAUAUGCAGUAGAUGAAGUAAGCAUUCUUAAACGUGUCCUUGAACUCAAACGGGAUGGCUUAUGGUCAAUCGACGAUUCAUCUUGUGGAACAACAGAAACUGGAAGUAUCGAUAUCUCAACUAGUAUUUCUUUAGUUCCACCUUCUGAGCCAACAUGUCGUACUUACAGUGAUUAUAUGUUUGCAGAAAUUAAUUGGUUAGCUGAAGAUUUUAAGCGUGAACGUCAAUGGAAACGAGUGUCCGCUAAGAAAGUAUGUUUAUUUUUAUAUGUUCACAUAUAGAGCUAUUCUAAAGUUUCAGUGGGUUGUCAUUCAAUAGUAUUAUCUCGAAUAACUUAUUACUUCUUUUUACUUUUCAAGCUUGCCCUAACCGCUCUCAAAUGUUGUCGAGACAAGAGUGAACGAGCGUUAAAAAUAGAAAAGGAGGAGGUGGUCCGCAUUCGGAAGAUGUGUGCAUUUAUUGCUAGGAUGGUCCGUGAUUGGUGGCGUCAGAUGGAUAAGAUUGUUCAAGCCAAACAACAAGUACGAUUAACUGCUAAGCGUCAGCAAGCCAUUAGUUCACAUCUUGGUCAAGUACUUGAAACAACUGAGGAGUAUACUCGUUGGUUGACUGAAGGAAUAACCAGUUCUAAACCAAAGAAAACUACUGUUAGUAGUACUAAGUCAUCUGGAGGCAACAAUCUAAACGAAAAUGUAUCAGAUAGUGAACCGCGUAUUCUGAAAUCUCCUGUAAGGGAACUCGACACCUCCGAUGAAGAGUUCACUGUGAGUUACUUUUUGAAAACGCUUUGUCUCUCGUCUUCAGUUUUGAUUUUAACGUUCUGACUACUGCUAAUGUAAGCCUUAUUUUGCGGUAUAUAUACUGUUAGCUUUAUGAAUAAAUAUUUAAAGGGGUUUAAAUGUAAUGUGAUAUAGUUUCAGAAAUAGUUAUGAAGCAGAAUGUUGUGCAGUCUACUUUUAACUGAGGUGAGUAGUAAUUUUGCGUGAGAUUACUCUAAAUCUCAACAAUAUUUAAUGGUACAUUGACAAAAUGAAGUGUCAUUUUUGGUGACUGUCUACUUUUCUUCGUAUCAAUACGCUUACUUUAAGGAACACUUUAACUGCUGAGUUUAAUAUCUUUAUAUUACCUGGUGGGAAGCUAGAACCCGCUUCGACUGAAGAAUUAAUUAGAUAAUAUAUUCAGUCCACCUCUAAAUCCUAUCUAUAUUAAACAUCAGUAACUAAGGAAUAAUUAAAAAUAAGUAAAUGCUAAACGAGUUUUAUAAUCAUUUUUACCGAUGAUAACUGCGUGUUUGAAAGUCUCCUGACGAAAAUUUUGAAGGUCUAUUUUCGGCAUAUUUUACGAUUUUUGAGAAGCAACGCAUUUUUGAAUACUUCAGUGAUAUAUUACCUGUGUAAUUGGGUUUUUCAUCUUUCUGAAAAAGUCCACAUUAUCGACUUUGUAACAUGGUUAGGCAUUAAAGCUUCUGUAUGUGUACUACUGUAUUGCCACAUAACUCACCAACUAUUUUGGGCAUGGGUUACUGCAUUGACUGUUUCAAUUUCCCAUCUUGGUUAUAAUAAGAUUGUUUUUGUAUUUUUGUGACAUAAUUACCCGAUUUUUUUGCCCUUCGGCAAAAAAACAGUAAUACCCAAUAUGUCCUACAUCUUUUCGCAUUAACGAAGAUUUUUGAAACGUCUUAACUUGUUUAUCUUGCAGGUAGAUGAAGUAGCUUUGAAUGAAGUUGAUGAUGAAGAAACUAUAGAGCAGGAAGAAAAAAUCGCCAUAGAGGAUCAACAUGGUUCUGAGAUGUCUACAGCUGUGGAGCUUGAACAAUUAGCAGCUGAUGCCGAUUGUCCAUUGGAAGAUCUUUUGCCUCCCGGAUAUCUCGAAUUCAUCACAUCAAAUUCUCCAGUGGUUUCAGAAGUACAACAUUCGUCAGCCAGUGAGGUUAGUGUUUCUCUCGAAGGAAUGACUUUCAAACUUAUUUAUUUAUUGGGUGAAGUCAAAAUAGAAAUAUCUUCAAGACAAUACCUAGUUUUCUGAACUAUAUAUUUUUCUUCCACAUGCUCGUAUUUGCAAUUGUUCGCCCAUAUUACAGACAUGGAUUGCUUUACAAAAUCCACGAAUAAACAGGUUUUAUGAUAUUUUUUUAUGCAUCACGUUGUUUAGCCCUAUCAGUUGUGUAAAUUUCUUAUUCUUUUGCUAUAAAAUGAAACUAAGUUACAGUUGUUUUUCGCUUCGCCACUAUUAUUAUUUUAUUUUGUUCAGGUUAAAUUACUAGAACACCCCGGUCUUAUGUUUAAAACGGUAUUCCGCCAAUUGAAAUUGAUCCAUCAAUUCAAAGGAAAAGCCGUUCACUGGAUUUUUCGAACUAAUUCGUUUUCUGUCCUCCUUUCUGGUUUAUAAAUGAGGAUUACUAUUUUCGGAUGCAUACUAACAAUUUUUUACUUUGUUACUUCAACUGAUGGUAGAAAUUUAUCUGAUGAAUUACUCAUAUUAUUAUUGAUUUUCGCAGUAUCGGUUCAGUUUAAUGGGUCUCGUGUACAUAUGUUUUAUAAUUUUGUAUUAUUAUCCUUACAUACAGGUUAAGGAUUUUGGCGAACCAUACAAUAAGAAAAGGAUAGAAGCUGAUGCAGUUUGUCAGGUCAUCACAUGCUCUUCUGAAAUCCCUAAAGAAUGUCAGUAUCCAGAGAAAAGUGAAGAAACUAAGUCUGAAGCUAAUGUUUCUGUUUUUGAAAAGAAAGAGCUAGAUGUGCCUAAAUUGGAAGCAAGUCUAUCAGUGAAAGAAACAAUGAUCAAUUUCGCUAAUAAGAACGAACCCAACCUCGAAAUCGCCUCAAACACGUUUGAUUUAAAAUCAAACUCACAGUCUCUACUAACUAAAGAGAUUGAAGAUACUGAUAAUGAAGUGGAACUAGCGAACUCAAAUGUAAACGAGUGUCCAUCAGUAAAAAGGGGUUCUGAAAUAAUACUAAAAAAGGUUAUGGAUCAUGACGUGAAUGCUAGUGUAAUGGAAGCUGAAAGUAAUACUAAUGUGGUUCUCCCUAACAAUAAAGGCGAAGAAACACAAAAGUCAUCCUGUCAAAUAUCUGCAUGUGAACCAAUUAUUGAGGUAAUUGUUUUAGGAUUAAAUGUGACUUUAUGUCAGCUUUCCUUGUUAAUUUCAUUAACUGAAACCUAUUAUUCUACGUGUAAAUCGUAUUUAUUUCAAGACUAAAUAUAUUCUCCACUUAUGAUGUGUGUACACAGUUUCUAGUCGUGGUCUUCUGUUUUCAAAGUUAAGUGUCAGGUCUAAAACAUUCUCGUACAACUAUCAUCUAAUUAAGAUACUUUCUUAAGCUUGUAUUCAUCAGUUCCACUGGCAUUUAUCUUUUUUUGUAACUGUUCGGAUUAAGUUCAUAUUUACUAACCUUGUUCAGUUUAAUAAUUAUCUCAUUCUUCUAUAUAUAUCAUGAUUUCUCUGAAUUUGAAUCAUGAGGCGUUUCUUGAGUUAAUUGGACUAAUAUGACGACUAUUUCAGGACUCUUAAAUGUCGUUAGACGCUGUUGUAUCUUAGGUCGUUACUAACCUACAGUAAUUGGUAACUACGGAACGAUGGAAAUUCUUCUAACAACAAGGCGAACGAAUGGGGACUUAAAUAAACUGAGUGUGUCACACAACAACACUUCAGUGUUAAUGCUUUACACGCUAAUCUGAGAUAAAGGCGGGAUAGCUUUUUAUUCCAAAUAGAAGUCAAAAAUUAAAACGGAACAAUUCUGCUUAUAUAGAAACACCCAAUGACUUUAGGACAACAAUUAGCAAACUGAAAAUGGUAACAGCCAACUAGGUAACAAAAAGGUCGUUACGGAAAUAUGUAUUAGAACGAUGUAAUCAAGGUUAUCCCUUAAAAAAGAAUUAAUAUGUAACAACAAAAAACUAAGUAACCUAAACUCUCCCUACUAAAAGCAUCUACUUUUGAAAGUAGCAGAUGUUUUAGUUUGAAACGUAUGUAAAGCACUAGAUUUUUUGUGAGACGUAACCUCAGCAUUGCUUAAAUGGAGAACCCAUCUAUAACUAGAUUUGUGCUAUUUUCAUCCACAAACUUGAUUUGCGUGAUUACGUAUAUUAUUUUCCUAAACAGUGAAGCCUCUAUUUUAUUACUUUUUUUACAGUCUACAACGAAUGAAGGAAAGAACGCUUCCUCAGGAGUUGGUUUAGCUACAGUAUCUUCCCCCUUUCUCCUCUCCGGUGGAAAUCUUAGGGAAUAUCAAUUAGUUGGCUUGUCUUGGCUGGUCGCCACUUAUGACAAGCGUUUAAAUGGAAUCCUCGCUGACGAAAUGGGUCUAGGUAAAACUAUCCAAACGAUUUCACUACUCGCCUAUCUAGCUUGUGAGCGAGGAGUUUGGGGGCCUCAUUUGAUUGUUGUUCCAACUAGUGUUAUUCUUAAUUGGGAGGUGGAAUUCAAACGCUGGUGUCCGUCUUUCAAGAUCCUGACUUAUUUCGGUAACAUGAAAGAAAGGAAAUGUAAAAGGAAGGGUUGGACGAAAACAAAUGCUUUUCAUGUAUGUAUAACAUCAUACAGAUUAGCUAUUCAAGAUGCAAUCGCUUUUAAACGUAAAAAGUGGAAAUAUCUCAUUUUAGACGAGGCUCAAAACAUAAAAAAUUUCAAAUCUCAACGUUGGCAAACUCUGCUUACUUUCAAUAGUCAGCGGCGUUUACUCCUUACUGGUACACCAUUACAAAAUUCCUUAAUGGAACUCUGGUCCUUGAUGCAUUUCUUAAUGCCAAAUAUAUUUCAAUCCCAUCGAGAUUUUCAAGAAUGGUUUGCCUCACCCAUUACAGGGAUGAUUGAAGGGAAUACUGACCAUAAUGAAUUACUGGUUCAGAGACUACAUAAAGUUCUUCGUCCUUUUUUGUUACGGCGUCUCAAAGCGGAUGUUGAGCGUCAACUUCCAAAGAAGUACGAACAUGUUAUCAUGUGUAGAUUAUCAAGAAGACAACGGUUUUUAUAUGAUGAUUUUAUGUCACUUGGAAGCACUCAGGAAACCUUAAAAUCUGGCCAGUUCCUAUCAGUCAUGAACAUACUUAUGCAGCUACGAAAGGUUUGCAAUCAUCCAAAUCUGUUUGAAACUAGGCCAAUCAUUUCUCCGUUUCGGGUAGCCGAAUCAUAUUUAACAUAUUCUCUUCCAAGAUUGCUGGUAUCUAUGAGUCACCCCUUCUUAGUAUUUGCCCCGAGCUCGAAUGGUAGUCGAAGUGUUUUCGGAUCAGCUUCAGCAUUUUCUGAUCCUGAUUUAGAUUGGUUGGAUACCGCUGGAUUGGUUGCUCGUCUCUUGGGACAAACGAUGAAUUUAGUCGAAAUGGCUCGGGAUUUACCAGGCUUUGUCGCAAGACGAUGUCAUCAAUUAUGUGCGCGAGAAAACUUGAUUACCAUUAUUGACUCUAGUGACGUAAUCGAUGAUGUCACUUCUCAGAGAAUACAGUUUAACGAACUAAAGAAAUCCCGAAAAUCUCAAGGAGAAUAUCUGAACAGAUCCCCUUUAUUUGACUCAAAGUGUUUUGUGUAUUCUGAUGGAUACUAUCCUGCGCUUUCGUCCCCCACCAAUCUCGAACCCACUAUAGUUAAAGUUGAAUUCCCGAAAAAUACUUGGGAUAUUGGUAUGCCAAAGUCCUGCUUGCGUCGUCGUUUUGUUGAACGAUGUAACAGAUUGCUGUUGAUGAGUAGAAUUAAUGAACGCCGUUGUGAUUUAACGUUCAAAUCACAUUCAAAUGAUAUUGGGACGUAUUGGGACCAUGGAACCCACAUUGGACCAGAUUUGAUUUUUCUCAUUAAUCGUUUGAUGCUUGAAAAACCUGUCGAAAAUCUACAGGAUGUCCACAUAUAUCCUGGUCUCAUUAAUGGCGCAGUUUACUGUCAACAAAGCCUGCAUACCUGGCCAGUAAAGUGCUCUCCUCUAAGCAGUAUUAUAAGCUCUACGGUUGACCAAAUAUCUUGUUUUGAAGGUAAUAUACAUCAAAUGAGUUCACUCAGUAUGGAAUCCAUUAGCUCUAGACGUACGUCCUGGCUUCGAUCAUCUCGUUCUCUUCGAGAGAUGUUACACAGCCCCGGUGACUACUUAAAUGACUUACGCGAAAUUCUCAAAAGGUUCGUUUUUGUAGUGCCUGCUGUUAUAUCAUCGGGUUUUACACUUCAAGUUUCCAACCAUGCUCUGGAGCAUCAACUUAUCAAUCAAGAAAUUCGGAUUCGAGAUAUGCUUCUAUCCUCAGGGUGUUUACAUCCUUCGUUUUUUCCUAUGAACUCAUCUGAAUAUCAUGAGCGAAAAACCUUGAACCGUUUAACAACUUGGAGUCCUCAGAUGUGGUUGAUGCCAUCAAAGUUACAUCAGUUGGUUAUGUCCUGUCGUAUUCAAUUCCCUGAUCCACGUCUGAUACAAUACGACUGUGGAAAACUACAACGACUACAUAGUUUGCUACGUGAACUCAAGUCAGGGAAUCAUCGCGUUCUUAUUUUCACUCAAAUGGCCCGAAUGUUAGAUAUUCUAGAACAGUUUCUGGCAUAUCAUGGACAUCGUUAUUUACGUCUGGAUGGAACCACGAAAGUGGAACAGCGUCAAGUUUUAAUGGAGCGUUUCAAUCAGGAUAGUCAAAUUUUCGUUUUUAUACUAUCUACUCGUUCUGGUGGUUUAGGAAUCAACCUGACUGGAGCUGACACAGUUAUAUUUUAUGAUUCCGAUUGGAAUCCCACUAUGGACGCUCAAGCGCAAGAUAGGUGCCAUCGAAUCGGACAAACUCGUGAUGUUCAUAUUUAUCGCUUGAUAAGUGAAAGAACAGUGGAAGAAAAUAUAUUACGUAAAGCUAAUCAAAAACGCUUCCUUAGUGACGUGGCUAUUGAAGGGGGCAAAUUCACCACAGCUUUUUUCAAACAAAAUACCAUAACAGAAUUAUUUGCAGAGCCAUCUGGACUUCAGGAUUUAGCAAAAAUGAAAGGAUCAGCUACUCUUAUGGAGACUUCUUCGCUUUCUCAUUCUGAUAAAAAAUGCAUGGAUUCUAAUUUCGGAAGUGUAUCUCAGUCUGAAGAUCGAGUUGUAGUUACACAUCUUGUCCCAGAAAUUCGUCCUGAUGGUUGUAUGUCAACAUCAUCAUCUGCCUCUCCAUGUGGUGUCAGUGCCAAUGAAUCGUCAGGUCUUAUAUCGAAUUCUGAAGCCCAGUUGGAAGCUCUGCUUGACGCUUGUGAAGAAGAAAGUGAUCGUAUUGCCGCCAGACGAGUGUUAGAUGAAGCAAAAGCAGAUUUGGCAGAAUUCGAAGAAAAAUCACCUUACAAUGAAGACAACAAUGAUUCUAUCAUUGCUGAUGAUAAUAAUGGUUCAAAUAUUCCUUCUGUAGCAGUUAUAGAACCAUUUUCUCGUCUUCGAAACUGUCUACAGCAAUCGGAUGAAGACAAUACUGCAUCACAAAAUACAAACGAAACAUUCGAAACAAUCGAGCAAAUUGUGGAACGUGAGUUACUUGGCUUCGAAUCCCAGUUAAAACCUGUUGAGCGAUUUGGAGUUCGGCAAGUUGAAGAACAAAGGGAACAUAUGCUAAAUGAACAGUUAGAUAUGGCUGACGCCGAAUUAAUAGAGUCCGAAAAGGUAUGGCAUCUUGAAAAACUGAAAGCCUUACAUGAGGCAGACGAACAGCGAGCUGAUUUAGAAGAUGAUGACAUGUUUUACUGUUGCGGUAAAUAUGAUCUCUCCAGCCAGUUAGCUGAAUUGGAACGUUUGGAGAGAAUCCGUAUGGAGGAAACUGAUGAUGCAGAUGCGUCGAUUAACCUUUUAGAUUCUGGACAGAUAUUUUCUAGUGGGCGAUCUAAAUAUCCUAGGAAGCGACCAUAUGAUUCGUGUUCAACUGCACAUAAAGUCCAAGCUCGACAGGUAGUGUGUCCACGACUCUCACGGACAAACAAGUCAACGAGGUCUACUAGUGCUGGGAAGGUGCCUAAACGACUAAGGUUGGAUAAACCGAAGAAACCGAUAGAUAUCACAUUCGUUAGUGACAAUGAAAAAGACGAAAUAAACAUCAAUCAAGAUAUUAGUAAAAGAGCCAAGUCUACAAAUCAGCCAACACAACUUGAUAUUACUGAAAGUAGUAAAACUGGAAUCAAGGCAUUUGUUGAGAAAAUGCAUUUUCCACCGACGGUCCACACCAAAAGGUUUCAUAAGUCUGGUAUUCGAAAUAAUAAUCUCUAUUCACAAAGUAAUAAUCCUCAAUCUAAAACUGGUGCAUUUUUACAACAGGAUGUAAUAUCUUCCAGUAAACUCGAAAAGAAUUAUUUAUCAUCUCGGUCGUAUCCAAUUCCAGAACUCUCUGAAGAGAAUGUUAGCUACAAAGGAUCAGAAGAGAUCCAUCAUUUCGAUCAAUCGCAUUCGCAAUACAAUAGAUCAACUACUCAAACUCAGAAAAGGAUAGACAGACGAAAUACAGAAUGUCAUCUUCCAGAUAAAGUGUUUCGAUUUGAUGCACCGAAUUCUGUGAUUUCUUCCAACCACUAUGAUCCUGAAAAUGUGGCGCAUGAGGAAAUUGUUGAAGCUAAUAAUUUAGUUGAGUUACCUUUCAAUCAACAGUCAAAUAACGUCCUCUCAGACUCAUUCGAGGUUUCUGGGGGGAGUUCAACUAAAUUACAGUCCGACCGAAUACCUGGUUUUCACAAUGAUAUCUCGGCUUCAGAAGGGCUCAGUGCUACUGGUUUAUCAUGUACGAAAUAUGUUGUGCCAUCAACCACUACUACUCCUGGUAUACAUUUACAAAACAGGUACCAAAACUCACCAGAUAUACCGUUCCGUUUGUUGAGCCCAACGACCCCGUCGGUUCAGCAUCCUCCGGAGCCCAUGAUUCCUGUUCAGUCUAUUCCCGAUGGAAGUCAUCUGAACUUAACAGCAAGACAAGUAUUGGCUUCAACUGGACAACCUGUGUUUGUAAUUACACGCCAAAUGAAAACACCUUCGGGCGAAAUAUAUCAACAACGCUUUACUCAUCCCGUUGUUCCUCCAUCACAGUUUACACGCAUGGUUUACCGAUUACAAAAACCGUCGGGGAUCUCUUCUCGAACCUCUACACUUUUAGAAACUAAUCGUAUUCGACAACCUCAACUACCGACCGAAUCUUCAAUAACUUAUAGACCGGCAAUGAUGAAUAAUCCUCCUACCGCGGGCGCGUUAGUUAUGAAACCAGUCGCUAAAACUGUAAAUGUAAAUGUGUCUCCUGAUUCUGGAUUACAGGAUAUGACAACCUCUGUAAAGCAUUUUUCUCAACCUCCCCGAUUUUCAGCGAAUGGCAUCAAGUGUGCAACGAGCAUUCCUGUGAUAAGAAUGAUUAACUGUGACGCUAACAAAACAAGUCCUAUCAUAAGACUGGUCUCCUCAGAAAUAAAUCAUAUCAACAAUGAUGUGACCCAUCCACAUAAUUCUCAGUCGGUUUCAGCGCUACUUACGCCAACUAACACUGUUAGAAUCGGGAACACUGUACGACUCAUUCCCAAUCAUAUUUCCAAUUCCAAUGCACAGGUUAUUAGGUUACAGCGUGUAGUCUCUAACUUGACGCAUCCCAAAAACACAUGAUCUUCAACUAAGAAAAGAAACCAAUUAUUUGGUCGUCGAUGUACAUAUAUUUGUGAAUAUAAUGUAUCUAAAUUGUACAAUAUUGUAUAGUUACUUCAUAAGAUUUUGUCUGAAAUAAAAUUCUUAUGAUAAUG